CUUAUUCUAAACCCGUGUUGAAUGCCUCUCUCUUUUCUUUCUUUUCGCUAGCAGUUUCCGGCAAGCGGUGAUAAAUAUUUUUAUCGAGGAUAAAAAUGGGUUUCGUUAAGGUAGUCAAGAACAAGCAGUACUUCAAGAGGUAUCAGGUCAAGUUCCGCAGGCGUCGGGAGGGCAAGACUGAUUACUACGCUAGGAAGCGUUUAACGUUCCAGGACAAGAACAAGUACAACACUCCCAAGUAUCGUUUGAUUGUGCGUCUGUCCAAUAAGGACAUUACUGUGCAGAUCGCCUACGCUCGCAUCGAGGGAGAUCGCGUAGUCUGCGCUGCAUAUUCCCAUGAGCUGCCCAAGUAUGGGGUUCUGGUCGGUUUGACCAACUACGCUGCUGCAUAUUGCACCGGCCUGCUGGUCGCCCGUCGUGUACUUAACAAGUUGGGCCUUGACUCGCUUUAUGCAGGAUGUACAGAGGUGACUGGCGAGGAGUUCAACGUAGAGCCCGUCGACGACGGCCCGGGCGCUUUCCGUUGCUUCUUGGAUGUUGGACUGGCUCGCACAACAACAGGAGCUCGAGUGUUCGGUGCCAUGAAGGGAGCUGUUGAUGGUGGUUUAAACAUUCCCCACUCAGUAAAGCGUUUUCCCGGCUAUUCGGCAGAGACCAAAAGCUUCAAUGCCGAUGUGCAUCGCGCUCAUAUUUUUGGCCAACAUGUUGCCGACUACAUGCGCAUUCUCGAAGAGGAGGACGAGGAAAGCUUCAAGCGCCAAUUUAGCCGUUACAUCAAGUUGGGCAUACGUGCUGAUGAUCUUGAGGAUAUCUAUAAAAAAGCCCACCAGGCAAUUCGUAACGACCCUACCCAUAAGGUGACCGCUAAGAAGGUUUCUGGCGUUACGAAGAAGAGGUGGAACGCUAAGAAACUCACAAACGAGCAACGCAAAACCAAGAUUGCCGCCCACAAGGCAGCUUAUGUGGUCAAACUCCAGUCGGAGACAGAGGCCUAGAAACGCUUGUCACUCGUUGCAAUUCAGAUUGAUAUGAAAAUAAAUAAACAUUUGAAAUUGCCAAUACUA